GAUGCUGGUGGAGGGUAAAGUAGCCUUGAUAACCGGGGGUGCUCGGGGCAUAGGAAGGGCCAUAGCCGAGGAGUUGCUAAGACACGGGGCCAAGGUGUGUUUGGUCGAUGUUCUCAAAAAUGAGUUGUCUCAGACAGAAAGUGAGUUAAAGAAAGAAUUUGGUGAAGACAGUGUGAUAACAUCUAUCGCCGACAUUACCAAGGAAGAGCAAUUCACUGUGUCCUUUGAACAGAGUGUUUCAAAGUUCGGCAAAAUCGACAUCCUCGUGAACAACGCUUCCAUACAGAAGGAAGGAUUGUGGGAAACCAUGCUUAGUAUUAACUUGGGAGGAACUAUCCGCGGCACUCUGCUGGCCAUGAAGUUCAUGAAUCCAGAGACUGGCGGUGUUGUUGUCAACAUGUCAUCUAUCUCCGGUGUAAAUGUAACCCACGGUCAAAUGCCCCUUAUCCCCGUGUACUCAACGGCUAAGGCAGCAGUCAUCGCUUAUACAAGGUGCUUUGCGUUGAACAAAGAAGUGAUAGACAAGAAGAUUCGGUUAGUGUGUCUAUGUCCACGAUCCACAGAUACGGUGAUGUUGAAGGACACGGAUCCAGACAAGUGCUGGGAUGUGGACGCUUUCUAUUCUGUCGACAGGGGGCGCUUGAUGACGGCGUCUGAAGUUGCAGUCAUCUGCAAACAGUUGAUAGAAGACGACACAAACGGCGGGAAGGUUGCCUUGAUAGAAGGAGUAAACCAGUAUAAGUUUAUCUGAAGACUGAUAAUAGCCCAUGCAGGGUGCCAGGCCCUACACUACAUGUCAUGAGAUCUCAUGGAACGAAGGGUCUAGUGACAUCAGCAGUUAAUGCUUUAAAUCCACGGAUAUACUCGGUCACAUUCCUCUGGAUGGCCAAAUGAAAAUACCAACGGAAUUUAUACAUGUAUUACAUACUAAAUAAAACGCAUUUA